AUGUCGCCACCACCGCCUAUGGGUUUGAAGGAACGUCGAGGUUCUCGUGGAUCGCCGUGUGCUAAUCUUCCACCUUUAAUGUUACCGCCUGCUACUCCUGAGCCAUCACCCGGACGUUUGACUCCAAAUAGACUGUCUCCGCAAAUACCAAAAGAGCCAAUAUCGGCGCCAAUAAUGCGGAAUCUUCCACCACCAAGACGCACGAGGACUCGAUCUGAGAUGCCACCUGAACCACCUCCGCGUUCUCCUCAGACUCCUCGUCCAGCGUCUGUGUCUCCAAAACAUACUUUUGCAUUCAAAAUAGUACUGAAAAAAGUAGAGAGCACUCCAAAUACAUCAUUUGAUAAGCCAGACCAAUGA